UCAAACUUUUGCUAAAUAUACAAAAUUUUCCCAUAGAGAAAUGGUUCGUCCCACGGUUAUUGGUUUGGCCAAGCGUGUGCCGCUCAUACAGUUCCGCAAAGGAGGAUUGGGUGCGGCCGUGGCCGGUGCACAGACUGCAAAUAAGCAGGCAAGUUCAAAGCCAGCAGCAGGCAAAAAGCUGGCUGGAGGUCCUGCCAUAGAGGAUUGGGAACUGCCGGCACGCUUUGCACGCAAACCCAUAGACCCACUCGAAGCGGAGUACAUCAACAACGGCGGCAUACCAAACUAAAACUGCAACGCGGGCUCGGAGAAAAUGUCUUAUUUAUAAAAUAAACUUGUCUUGAAUCACCAGAUAAUGUAGGAGCUGAUUGAGUCAACAAAGUCACAUCUUUAGAGUAAAAAAAUAGUUCUCUUAAACCUACUACUAAAUUCUUGAAGAAGAAAAUAUAGUCACAGUCAUAUAAUAAAACAA